UUGUGCUUGUACCGCCCUUGAACGCACCACAAGCCCAGCCCUCCCCCUGUGGAACUUAUUGAGUGCAGUAAAAACAAUGCCUCCACAGUGCAGGGAAAUGCUGAGCUGUCAUAUUUCUUCUUAGCCGGAUUAAUUUUCACGUUGAGAAUGUGGCUCUCUCACGGAUGCGCCCAAGUGUCGUCUGUCAGCCGCCGGUUGCUGCGCGCGGUGGUCCGGAGGAGGAAGAGCCACGCAGCGUCUUUCAUGCCGGAGGCUGCGGGCUUCGAGGGUGUGCGGGACCGCGCGGGGCUCCAGGAGUUCUCCGUCGCUCACACGGAGCGCUUCUGGUCUUGCGUGGCGCGUCACCGGCUCGACUGGAUCAGUCCGUUCCACACCGUUUUGGACUGCGAUCUGGACCGGGGCAAAGUGAGAUGGUUCGAGGGAGGAAAGCUGAACGUGUCCGUAAAUUGCCUGGACCGCCAUGCACACAGCAGCCCACAGAAGAUAGCACUCAUUUGGGAGCGAGAUGAACCAGGGUCAGAGGUCAAGGUCACCUACAGGCAGUUACUGGAGAUGACCUGCCGCGCUGGCAACCUGUUGAGGAGGCGUGGCGUCAAGAAGGGCGACACGGUCACCAUCUACAUGCCCCCCUGCCCUCUGGCUGUGGCGUCCAUGUUGGCCUGUGCCCGUAUAGGCGCCACGCACAAUGUGGUGUUUGCAGGCUUCAGUGCCGAGGCGCUGGCGGAGAGAAUCAGAGAUGCCCAGUCCAGCACCGUCAUUACAGUCAACGAGGGCGUCCGAGGCGGCAAGGUCACCUGCCUGAAGAAGACGGUGGACGUUGCGGUGCAGAGCUGCCCGACCGUGCGGCAGGUGUUUGUCGCCAUGAGGACGGACACGCCGGUCACCAUGACGACAAAGGAUGUCGCCAUGGAGGAGGAGAUGAAGGCGGAGGACACGGUGUGCGAGCCGGCUGCCAUGGGCAGUGAGGACGUCCUGUUCUUGCUGUACACGUCGGGCAGCACCGGGAAGCCCAAAGGACUCGUGCACACUCAGGCUGGAUACCUGCUCUAUACCUCACUUACACACAAGUACGUCUUUGACUACUGUGACGGCGACGUGUUCGGCUGUGUCGCAGACAUCGGUUGGAUCACAGGACACAGUUACAGCGUCUAUGGACCGCUGGCCAACGGGGGGACCACGGUGCUGUUUGAGAGCACGCCCAUUUACCCCGACCCAGGAAGGUACUGGGAGAUGGUGGAGAGGCUUAAAAUCAGCCAGUUCUACGGCGCCCCGACGGCCAUCCGCCUGCUGCUCAAGUACGGCGACCAGUGGGUGCACAAGUACGACCGCUCCAGCCUCAGGACGCUCGGAUCCGUGGGUGAGCCCAUCAACACUGAGGCGUGGGAGUGGUACCACACGGUGGUGGGGGAGGGACGCUGUCCUGUGGUGGACACCUGGUGGCAAACAGAGACGGGCGGCAUCUGCAUCGCCCCGAGGCCAUCAGAGUCACACGCAGAGAUUGUCCCGGGAAUGGCCAUGAGACCUUUCUUUGGCAUUAAACCAGCGCUCAUGGACAGCGAGGGCAAAGAGGUGACAUCCAGUGACGCCUCAGGAGCACUUUGUAUCUCUCAGCCGUGGCCCGGCAUGGCCAGAAGCAUCCAUAACGACCACCAGAGGUUCAUAGACACCUACUUCAAAACCUACCCUGGUUACUUCUUCACCGGCGACGGCGCCCAUCGCUCCAAGGAGGGUUAUUACCAGAUCACUGGUCGCCUUGAUGAUGUCAUCAACGUGAGCGGCCACAGGAUUGGCACAGCUGAGAUUGAAGAUGUAGUGAACCAAUGUUGUGCAGUGGCCGAGUCUGCGGUCAUAGGCUGCUCACAUCGCAUUAAAGGACAAGGGGUCUACGCAUUUGUGGUCCUAAAGCAGGACGUCCAAGAUGUAGACCUGACUUCACAGAUCAACAACAUGGUCUCUGACAAGAUCGCCAAGUACGCCUGCCCGGACCGCAUCCAGUUUGUCCAGCGUCUCCCAAAGACACGUUCGGGAAAGAUCAUGCGGCGGGUUCUGCGUAAAGUGGUGGAGCGCGACCUUGCUGGCCUCGGUGACCUCAGCACGCUGGACGACCCCGCAGCUGUUCAGGAGAUCAUCCAAGGUCACAGUGACCUCUGUGCUAAACAACAACAACCAUGAAUAGUUGUAAAGGACUUGUAUUUGUACUCAACUACUUUUAAUUGUUCAUAAGCAAUUAGUCUUAUGUACAUUCCACACUAGUCUACUUUUGUAAACAUUAACUUCACUCGUUGGUUCUCAUUAGCUUCAGUUAGCACAAACGUCCACCAAGGACAAACUUUAUGAAAAAACAAAAGUGGCAAAAAUUCAAGUGACAAAUCUGCACCUUUAUCCUGAUCUGCACCACCACGGCAGAGGUGACAGCAACUAAAAUGAAGCAACUUUUGGCGGAAGCCCACGUGGAGUCACCUUGUUAAAAGGCCUGUAGACACACCCACGAUAGAAGACUGUGUGGACUGGAGUGUUUCCUCUUGUCCUCGCCUCAAAAGGGAACGAUGAAUGCCAAGGUCAGAAGGCCAAGACGUCGUCCAGGAGACUCCCAUCGCCUCCUUUCAAUCUGAUCAACUCCCAACGACCGGCGCCGCAUAGUUUCAACUGGACGUCGUGAUGCUGUGAAGUACAAAACCAACAUUUCUAGAAAAUGACACUUAAUUUGAACCAUGCCAGUCUAACAUACUAUACAGCCGUCCCUCACUACAUCACGGUUUUCAUUGUUUGGUGAGACGGGCACCAGAUGCCAUCGCCACAGCAGGCGUCGACUGCAGUAAUAACAUCAUAAUCAUAACAACACAGGCUACUGUGGACUGUGGACAUAACCCACGAUAAGCUAAAACUCAACUCUGAACCUCCCAUGUCACAUCCUGUCCGCCACCUGGGGAACACAUUUACUGUGACACACAUUAGCAGGAAUUUUAUUUACGUCCUAAAUGGCUUAUUUAGUCUUAUGUCUACUAUGUUGGAUAAUAUGAGUACAAACCAUUUCAUGUUGGCAUUGAAACACACUUGAGACAAUAACCAUGGCAGGAAGCACGCUGUCCAGAAAAACAAGGAUCUGCUAACGUGUGAGUCUUAUUUGUGUCUAAUAGGUCUUGUUUUCUGAUUAUAUCGACUAUAUUGGCUAAUACAAAUGUAAAGGUGACUAUAGGGGUGUUAUUUCAUGUCUAGAAGGCUCUAAUAAUAUUAAACAUAUUUAGAAGGUCACAAACAGGUUUUUUAUGCCAUAACUAAGAAAGUAUUCCAUCUAUUAAUAUUGAAUCCUACUUUGCUGAAAUUCACUCAUCAGAGUCAGGUCUGGGACGAAUUAACUGUGUUAACGAGGGACGGCUAUAAACACAUCUAUAGCUACCGUAAAUACACGCACGAUACAGUAUGUUGAAAAUGUACACAAACUAAAAAAUAGACAAAAUAAAAUGAGCAUUUGAACAAGCAA